AUGCUAAAUCUUCCAACUGAAAUAUGGCUUCGCAUUUUCGAAAAUCUUGUAUGCUGGAAUCCAUAUGAAGCAAAGAAUAAUGGUGCUUUAUUGAGAAUUUGUCGGAAUGCCUUCUCUGGCGGUUUACCUGUUAUUUAUUUUUUUCCCAAAUUAAACGCAAAGAACUACGCAAAGUUUUUCAACACGAUUAGCGAAACUGAUUUUGGAAAACUGGUACAUCAUAUAAAUUUAACAAAUAUCUCUUAUACAUCAAAAGCUUCAAUAACCUCUCGACUUUUGCGAAGGUGUGCAGAGAACCUAGAGAGCUUUUCAGGCCCACAAACAGGUCUUGGAUUUACGGCGCUUCGAGCUUUAUCCAACUGUACUCGUCUAAAGAAGAUUGAUCUUUCUGUCUUAUCUGAGCGCAUUGACCUACAGUACCUUUUUGCAGGCAUCCGAAACCUCCAAUACUUAGAAUACAUCGAUUUCCCUGCUCUCUCAAAGUUUUCUCCUGGACAUAACGAGUGUUGGCCGCCUUCGCUUGUUCACAUCGGCUUCGCUGGUGCUAUUACAGAUGGUUUUGUUGCUCAAUCUUCUUUUCCACCUUCACUGAAAAGCGUGUGCAUAACGAAUUGCCCUCAGUUGACAGAUACGGGUCUUUUUACCUUGCUGUCCAAGGUGGGUGAAAUUGUUACAUCUGUGACCAUUCAGUAUCCUAUGGCUGAACUUUCUCGCAACGCCCUUGAUUGCGUCUUUCAGUUAUGCCCUUAUGCCAGCGUUGUUAGCGUUCCUGCGAAUUACAUUACUUCGAACUUGUUUGAGAGCUUAUCUGAAUCUGAGACUAGCCAUAAGGUCGAACACUUAGAAAUUAGCUAUUCUGGAGGCUUAUUAACCACCAUCAGUUUAGUAAAAGCUGAUGACAUUGUUUCUGCAUUGGCUGACGGCAAGUUGCCUCAACUCCGCAGAUUGCAAUAUUCUAUUCGUCUUGGUUGGAAGGAAGAGUCUGAGGAUGUGCAGGAUUUAGUUGAUUUAAUUGAUGAUCAGGGCGGUGAGGUUUUCGUAAGUGUAAAGUAA